AUGGACAUGCUAAAGAUAUUGCUAUUGGGGCCCGAGGGCGGGCGUGAUGAGGCUAAUAUUAAAGAUAUUUAUGGUUUAUAUAAGCUAGUACCGGUUAGGGUGAGAGAACAACCUAGGGGAGUUGCUACCACAAGGCUAAAAAGACCAUCAUUACCCGCAGCUACCUGCGGACCCCUAGAAUCCUGCUUAUAUAGACAUGUAUACACGGGAGCAGGUGGUAUCUCACCACUUAGGCCACCCCUCGGGGUAGUAACCUAUGAUAAUAUGUAA